CCCUUGCUCCAACAAGACUACUGAGAUUCUUCACAUCCUCUUACGGUCCGGGGCAAAGGUGGACUCCCCGAAGACUUUGCGUUUGAUACAGAUGUACCGCAGGGAGAACAACAUACCGAACAACGGUCCUAUUGCUCCGACCGAGCAAGAGAAGGGUGAGGAUGCAGACAUGCUGGAGGACUUCAUGCUGCCUCUGACAGCACUAGGGAGAGAAGAACAUGAAACUCCUCAAGACGAUAACGAGGUGGAUGAGGUGAUUGUUGUCAGGGCUUCCGCCCAGAAGGCAGCGACUCAAGUAAAGAAUGGGAAGCUCAAGCAACAAUCCAUCAAGCGCUGGACUGAGAAUAAUUCUCAGCGGAGGUUAGAUGUUGCUGGAGUUGAGUAUCUAUGUGAGCACGGGGCGCCGUUCAAUUAUGAAGUGGCGCAGAGUGCGAAGAUGAUUGUGAAGGUCAUUAAGAAUCACCACCAUACAGUGUCCCUCUAUAACAAGUGUUCAGACUUGGUGAGGGAGAUGUCGCCGAUUCUCCCCACAGAGGUGCGGUUCACAUUCAAGUUCAUGAUGCUCGAGCGGUUGAGGGACAGGAGGAAGAGAAACACGUUGAGCAGUGGGACCGUUGCGAAGCUCGUCUACGUUCAUUGGAACGGACAACUACAAAAGGUGAAGGGGACAAAGAGGGAGGGUUACAUUGACUUAUGGGCCAACUACUUCGAUGAGGCGGAAGCUCCAUCGCUUGACGACCCGACUGUUCUCCCUGCCACGGCAGCAAGUGUUUACCCUUCUGAUGAUGAGGGGGCAUGGAUGAUUUGCCUGAGAAAGGCGCCCAAAUGGAGGGUCCCAAGGAUGAAAAGGGUAGAUAACUCGAGCUCCUCUGAUAGCAGUGACGAUGGGGAGGACCUUAUCUGGAGGGGAAAGGGACAGAAGACACAAGAGCAGCAGCAGCUUGAGGACCUCAAGGAGAUGCAAUUGCUUGACGAUGAUGUUGAGGGCGGUUAUGAAGAAGGGGGUGAGGCUGACGGGGAGGAGGACGAGGAGGGGGAAGAGGAGGAAGGGGAGGACUAGGACAAGGACGAGGAUAAGGACGAGGAAGAGGAGGAGAAGGUGGAGUUUGACCUGUAUCCGCCUCGAGAGAGU